CAAAUUCAUUCGUGGAUAAGAAAACGGUGGAUAUUUGAUCCCAUUUUCUUUCAGAGUCUGACAAUUUCUUUCCCGUUCCUUCAGAUGUUUAUCACCUAGCUUAGUGUCUCUCUAACAUGACAGGGCGUGUGUGUGCGUGCGCGUGGGCGUGCGUGUGUGUGAUGACGUAGAAGCUGCUGAAUCUGGUUUGGCAAGAUUUCUGGAAAAGGGCGAGCAAGAACAGACAAUCCCUGAAAGACGGAAAAGAGCUAAAUAGUUUCGCAUCCUAACUUGAACUGUUGUAAAUUGAUACUUUCUCCUUUGUUUUAGGGAAAAACGUAUCAGAUUUUAAGGAAGGUUUUCAGCACCAGGAGGAGCACUCUCUCUUUUUUUUCUUUUUUUUUUUUUAUCAGCAAGACAAGUUGAGGCCGCGGGGAUGAACUGGUCGGGGCUUGAAAGCCUGUUGAGUGGAGUCAAUAAGUACUCCACCGCGUUUGGAAAGAUUUGGCUGUCCAUGGUGUUUGUCUUCCGUGUGCUAGUAUUUGUGGUGGCAGCACAAAGAGUUUGGGGCGAUGACAGCAAAGACUUUGUGUGCAAUACACGGCAGCCGGGCUGCACCAACGUGUGCUACGACCACAUCUUCCCCAUCUCCCACAUCCGUCUGUGGGCACUGCAGCUGAUCUUUGUCACCUGCCCAUCUCUCAUGGUGGUGGCUCAUGUCAGAUUCCGGGAAGAAAAGGACAAGAAAUAUGUGGAGUUACACGAAGGCUCUCACCUGUACGCCAACCCUGGCAAGAAGAGAGGAGGGCUGUGGUGGACUUAUCUAAUUAGUUUGGUCUUCAAAGCUGGAUUCGACAUCUCAUUCCUCUACAUUCUGCAUCACGUUUACCAUGGAUAUGACCUGCCAAAGUUAUCCAAGUGUUCACUGGAUCCGUGCCCGAACACAGUGGACUGCUUCAUUAGCCGUCCGACUGAGAAAAAGAUCUUCAUGUUGUUUAUGGUCAUCUCCAGUGUACUGUGUAUCUUCAUGUGCAUUUGUGAGAUGCUUUAUCUCAUUGGUAAGCGCCUCGUCAAAAGAUUCCGGGUCCGACACGAGAACGAGAGGAUAAUGUUCGCUGAUCAGCAUGAGCUCACCAACAUGGCUCCACCCAGGUCGCUGUACAGGAAGACUGAUCCAACACUGGCUGAGAGCCAGAAAAGUUUAAAUAAGAAAGCCAAGACCAGCGAUAUGGGUGCGACGACAACGCUUUAGACAUCCAUUCAAGAUGGAUUAAUUAAUUAUCUGAUUGAAAAAAAAUCUCGACACAAUCAAAUGAUGGAUAUAAGUCAACUGACUGAAAAUACUUUUUUGUAUGCUGUGGGACAUUGUGUUCGAAGGAGGAGGAGAAACAGAAAUGUGUUGUUUGGAUUUCACAUUUCUAACUUCAUCUUGAAUGAGAAACUCCCUGCAACUGACUUCAACUGGUCAAAUACUGGGCACCACUCGAACUACGGCGCAUGCCAACGUUUGCAUUAUUCCUCUGAUAAAUUACACAUGGCACACUGGCUGAAAAUGGAAGACCUUUGUCAUAACGUGGACUGACCAGGCUGAGAAUUGAAAUAUCAUCUUCUUAAGAAACAAAAUAUGUGGUUAUUUAAUUGAAAUGUUGAGUAUAUCAUAUCCAAAUAUGUUGCCUUAAAAUUAGCAUGAUCAUUUGUGAUCCUUUUCUGUUUAAUGUACGGGGUCAGGAAUUGAACAUUACAUUACAUUACAUUACGUUGUCCAUCCAUCCCUGCAUCCAUGUUCUCAUCCACUUAUCCUCACGAGGGUCACGUGUUGGAGCCUAUCCCAGCCGUAUUCAGACAUUAGGUAGGGUACACCUUAACUGGUUGCCAGCCAAUUGCAGAGCACACAUAGACAAACAACCAUUUGUGCUCACAAUCAAACCUAGGGACAAUUUUUAUUCUUCCAUUAACCUGCCAGGCAUGUUUUUGGAAUGGAGGAAAGGAAACUGGAGUACCCGGAGGAAACCCACGCGGGCACGGGGGGAGAACAUGCAAACUCCACACAGAAAGGCCAGAGCCGGAAUCGAACCCUGCAUCUCCACACUGUGAGGCGGACACAUGUUAACCAGUCGUCACCGCGCCACCCUAUUUUAGUAUUUGAAAAAUGACACUAUUGACAUGAUUUUGCCUUUAUAAAGCACCAAAAUUAUGGUGAAAUUAAAUCAAACAAUCAACCUAUGAUUGAAGUGUAGAAUUUCACUAUUCAUAAGAUAUUCCAAUGAAUAUUUCACUUUACAUGGAGAGGUUUGCAGUGAUAUUUGUGUGUCUGUAAAUAUAUAUCCAUGUAUAACAAAUCAUACUUAUAGUAGGUGUUUUCAAUUGACAGUUCUAGGCAUCAAAUCAUAAAAACUGUAAUUUUACAAAUACCCCUGGACCUCUUGUAAUAAACUUUGUUUACAUCAAAUGUAUAAUAUGUACCGUAUAUGAUAUACGCAGGCCAGUGGUUUCUCAGGUCAUGGUAACAGUAAACAAUAUUGGUGUUGUUGCGAAAAACACUUCAAUUAUUGUAAGCACUGCCCUAAACGAUCUAUCACAUGACCUGUAUUUUUUCAGCUUCUUCUUUAAACUAUUAAAAAAAGACAAGAAAAAGAAAAACGCCGAAACGUCCAUGACUACAAGAAUCUGAACGUUCAGUGCAUUUUAGCACGUUGUGUAAAUAUAUACACCAGAGGGCGCUACACUUCUAUAAAAGGCGUUCCCUUAAGACGUGCUGAUCAAACCGGUUUAUUGAAAGUUGACGUCGCAAUGCAGUCUGUCGUUGAUGCUGGAUAAUGACUCGCAAGUCAUUUGUGCGGUUUAGUGUAGAAAAUAGUGUGGGUGAGGUGGGGACGGGUGGGGGGUCGACUCAAUGUCCUUUAUUUCAAGGUGAGCUCUUGAAUUGCAGCCCCAGCAGGAGCAGACGACGUCAUGUGGGAGUGUCAUAUCACUCUCACACUUAUUGCCGGUUUUGCAGACGUAAACAGAACACAAAGGUGAACAGACAAGAGCUCAUCCGAGUCCGGAAUGAUGGAUUGUUGAGUCAUAGAUGUAAAACAAAACCUGGAAUGGUCUUAUACUUUCUUUAUACUUUUAAUUUUGACCCGCUUACAAGAUGAUGUGUGAAUGUUGAGACAUUUUUUUUUGUAGAGACAGUCAGUCACUUUACUUCUGGACUGAGAAAUAUAAUAUCUUACCGAGAAUAUGUUAGCCUAUUAGUCUAUUUUGUCUUCGAUUAUGUCUAAAUCCACUGAGAAAUCUCAAUGCUGUUGUGAAAACAUUUAGGAUUUUUUUUGUUCUUUGGGACACUGUAACACUUGUUUGAAUGUUUGACACUUGAUAUAUGUUUUUGUUAUACAUCUUCUUGAUCGUUUCUAGCAUUAUGCAGAAGAAGAAUGCUGAAGAACAAAAAUGUGAGGAUGAAAAUCUGAUGGAAAUUUACUACAUGUGAUCAUCUUACACUAAGAAAUGGUUCCUGGAACGAAACAAACAUACGGGACACCACUACUUCAGACUUUCAUGUACCGGCACUUACUUUACUGUUGGUUCCCUGUUAGACAUAGCGCCCAAGUGUUUAUAAAUCUUGUUAUGUGCUGCUACGUAUUUUAUGUAGUGCAUAUUUUGUGCUUAUUUAUCUGACUCACAUAUUAUUUGCAUCCAAAUGUAAGAUUUUGUGAUCACGGUACAGUCAUGUUGAAGCCAUUUUUGAUUAAUUUUUUACAGCUCCACUAAGGAUAGAAUUAUUGAGUGCAGAAUGUGUGUAUGUGUGUUUUAACGUUUUUUCCUUUUUUUGAUUAAAACAUUUUGACAAAACAACUGUAAGGAUAGUGUUUCUAUACCAAUUAAAAAUAAAAGAAAGAAAUGUAGUUUACUAAUACGUUUGACAACCGGCCUCCAUUGUGAUAGUUGUCCCUAUAAUGCGGGGGUGUUCAAAGUCGGCCCUCAAGGGCCGCUGUCUUGCCAGUUUUCCAUCUCUCCCAGCUGCAACACAACUGAUUCAAAUAAUCUGGAUUGUUCUAAUGUUGCUUCACAGCUGCCUUAUUAGCUGAUCAUUUGCAUCUGCUGUUUUUUGCCUAUUUUUAAGUUUUUGCUCUGGUAAGUUUUCAGUAUUGCUAUCAAUGUAUUUUACGUGCAUGUAUCAAAGUAAAAAUGUUGGUAACGUGACAACACAUUUCACACAAUGCAUGCACCAAAUGCAUGGAUCAGCACACUACUUUGCUUGAUGAUGAAGCACUGCUUCCAUGAGCGAAAUACACAAUACAUAGAAUAGAACAAUAUUUUUAUGGGCACUUGAACUUUUGAAAGUAAAAUUCAGCUUUUCCCCCGUUAAUCAAGUGCCACCUUCAUGAUAAAUGGCCGCAUCAGCGGAAGAACAGUAAAGCCAGGAUUUAGUUUCUCGUCUCUUUCAGUCAAAACUCAGAGAAGCGGAACAUUACGAGCUGUCGCUCAUUUGCAUUAGACCUCUAAAAACACUUGCUGCUUGAAAAAGCCUGUAAAAAGAGGUUGAAAUGUGUGCUGGGUAAUUUAGACUGAAGCACAUCAUAAAUAUAUUAUUAAGACAGCAGGGAACAUUUUAAUGUGUGAAAAAAUUGCAAUUUGCAACUCCUUUAAGGUUAGCAUUUAUGAAAAUGUUGAUUAUAUCUUGCUAGAAGCAGUUUUGUUUUUAUACAAUUGCAAUUUUUUUUGGGGGGGGGUGAUGGUGUGGUUUAUUAGAGCAGGAUGCAAAUUUUGAGGUGUAGUACCAGUCAUCAUUAUGUAACCUGCCUUCGUACUAAACUGUCUGUGAUGCCAGUUUUUCACAGGGAGCGUGGUGGAGGGGUGGGGAGGGGGGCACGCUUUACACACAAAUCAGUGGAGCUUGCUGUGAUGGCCAGCAGAUCAGCCCACAUUGCUUCUUUCUCUGAGCUGUAGCCCAGGUUUAAAAUAGCUCAUUUUCCCUCUCAGGUCUUCACCAUGAUAUUUGGGAUGGUGUUAUAUAAUCACCUCUUACUGUUACCCUCUUACUCUUUGUCACUGAUGCUUCAAUCGCAUAUUCCAAACUAUCUUACUGUAGUUCAGUCUCUUUUGUUAUUAGACUCUAGAUGUAAUUGUAGUAAUUGUCCUGGCCAGUUUGGCAAAAAACCAAGUAAAGCACCAGUUCUGUUUAUCGGUCAUAAAUAUUUAUCGCCUUUACUAUCUGUUAAUCAAUUUGUCUUUUGUCAUGAUAACUCAACAUAGUACAAUGAAUGUUGUUCAUCCAACCUUAAUUGUUUUUAUUUUUGCUAAUUUCGACGGGUGUGUAAGUGGCACAAGUAGAUGCUGAUUAAUAUUCAUUAGAAAUGGUGAUGUAAAAAAAAUUUUUUUAAGUACCCACGCAACAGUAUUUAUCAAAAAAAAGAGAUGCAACCUUGGAUUGUGUUUGUGUGUGUGUUUCUUUGUGUGUUCGAUUCUGCAGAUAUUCAGAAACUCACACGCGACACAGUCAAGCCACUAUCACCCACGUAGAAAACGUUCACAGAUAAAAAAAUAAAAUAAAAUAAAAAAAACCUUGCAACCACCCACACACUCAUACACACACCCACGAUGCGUACACAACAAUAUGAAGAAAAGUGGUGACGAACGAAAUAAGAGAAAAGCAGGGAAAAAUACUGACGGGCUUUCAUAUUUGCACUCGUUACAUAAAUGGGAGUGAUAAUUCCAAGCAUUAAAUGGCAAAUAGUGAAUCGCUGCAUUGGGAUUUUUUUUUUCAUGGUCACUGCAGAUAAAGAAGAGCAACAACGUGAAGGGCUGUGUUGAGAUACAAUUACAGACUGUAACAGUGAUGUAGCAUUGAACCAGACAACUGUAAUUUUUUUAGCAUGCUUUCAUUGUAUAAUUUGUUCCUUCGGAGUCAUUUUUCAUUAGGAGGACACAGGUGGAAGGGGAACCCACUUGCAAAUUGUUGAUUUAAAUACUCUCACACACACACACACACACACACACACACACACACACACACACACACACACACACACACACACACACACACACACACACACACACACACACACACACACACACACACGAAUAAAAAAAUAAAUGAGAA